AUGAGUUUUGAGCAGAAUUUACUGAGCGAUGAGGUCAUCAAAGAACGCGAAAAGGAGGAGAUUGAGAUGGAGCGAUCAAUGAAUGUGGUAAUAAAUGACAGCAGGAAAUUUGUGCGGAAAAAUGUUGACAAACUACGGAAUACUGGUCAGGAGAUUUUCCAGAUCAUGAAUGAACUAGCAAUGCAAGAAAACCAGGGAUCCAAUGCGGGAGGUUCUGAUUUGAAACAAGCCUUUAGUAGUCUCGCUACACAACGACAAGCGGCAGUCAAAGCUAAGACCAAGGAAGCUCAAGAAGUCCUUAACGAAAGAGCUUUGCUCGCCGAUUCAGCCAACUGGCAAGCAGCAGCUCAAGAAGUGAAGAAAGCACUCGAUGACACUUUGAGAAUGGCAAGAACAAACAACGACAGAAACAUGAUCAAGAACGCACUGAAACAAUUUAACUUCAUGUCCGUUGCCGUGGAGAGAAGGAAUCAGGAAAAUAUGGAACUCUGCGAGCAGAUUUUGGAACUGGGGCUCAGCACUAACCAUCUGAACAAACUGAAUGAGAAAUUAGACGUAGAACUCAUUAAGAAGACGACACGGCUUGAGGCACUCGAGAACUUCACUGAAAAGAAAAAUGUCAAAAUUAAAGAAUUGCAAGAGCAACUAAAGGCCAUGAAAAGCACAGUGGACAAAGCCAAAGAAGUCAAGAAACCCAACCCUAAGGAAGAGGCGAAGCGAGAGGCUGCAAUCAAAGCUGCUGAGAAAGAAAAUGCCCGUUUGCUGCAGGAGUUUAAGAAAUUUCAGACAGAGGCUGAAGGGAGAGAAGAGGAAUUGCACAAAGAAAUUGAACUUUCUCAGGAAAGGCUGAUCGAUGCGGAGGAUACUGCAGUUAAACUGAACAAAGUGAUUGACAACCUCGAAGGGCAACUGGGAGACACAUUAGAGCAACUGGAGGAGCACGCCCAUCAGUUGGACCUUACACAAUUUCAGAGCGAGGCUAAGCAGUCACAGCAGACUUCCAUGAGAGAUCAAUAUCAACAACGGAUUAAAGAAUACAAGCAAGAGGUGGAGGGUAUGGAUAAAAACAUCACUCGUCUGAAGGAUCUUGUCAAAGUGAAAGAGGAGACAAUUCAUCUGCAGGAGACAAAGAUGGAGGAGUUGAUUGCCAAUAUGAAGCAGCAAUCUACAGCCUUGUCUAAUGUACAUGCACCUCCAGCCAAGGAUGUCGCCCCACCAUCUGGGGCUUCAGCUGAGGUUCGUAAUAUGCUGUCUCGUGUGAAGGGGGAACACGAAGUAGAAUUACAUAAACUGCAGGAGCAUUUUACCAAGGAGAAACAAAGAUCUGAUGCUACAAUGAGGAAGCAAGAGAAUGAGAUGAGGAUACAACUUGCAAACAUCUUGAAGGAGAGUAACCGUCUCCUCAGGGCUGUUAAUCGUUUCAAAGACGGACUCGCUGCUAUACUAGAGAAAGAAGGUCUUCUUGACACGGCACAUGAGGUGAGGCAGCUACACAAUAUUUCCAUUGAAGAGAAACCAACUGAUGUCAAAAUGAUCUUGGGUCAGAUGGCUGGGAAUGCAGUUGAAGUGCUGGUAUCACUGGAAAUCAAAAUAGCACAGGCCCUGAUGAACAAGCGUCUUGAACUGAAAGAAGCACUUAUGCCCAGGCAGAGAACUUUGACCCCGCUGGUAGAGGUCGAUCAAGAAGUUGAAAAGCUGACCAAGGAAAUUGGUUAUCUUACAGAAAAACUGGAAAAGGCACAAGAACUUCUUCAUGCAACUGAAGUUAUGUUGAGUGAAACAAGAAGAAUUAACGAUGAAAAGUACAAGGCCUUACUGGAUCGUCACAAAGCUCUUAUUCUUCACAGCAGUAGCUUAAACAGAGAAAUGAAGUCAUUGGAGCAAGCAUUCCGUGAGGAAAUGAAGAAACGAGACACAAAGCUCCGUUUCAUGAGAGGCAGUAUGGCGGAGCAAGCUCGCCAACAGCAAACAUUGGUGACGCAACUCAAGAUGGACAUGGAGAGCAAUAAGCGAGUUGAGAAAGCACCUCCAGAUAUAAGCCAGCUAAGGUUAAAGGUCAGUGACCAGUUGAGGAAUCUUUCUGUUCUGGAAUCAGCCUUGAAGGAGAAUAAGAUUUCACUGGAGCUUCAUACGAUCACAGUUGACAUAAUUACUCAGACAAUGGAAGUACCUGAGAUGAGAUUAAGACACAUGUUUGAACGCUACAUCACCUUCAGAAGAUUGCAGGAACAAAAAGAGGAACUUAUAUCCAAGAUUGAUGACACAUUGACAGUUGAGCAUGAUAAGAAGUUACAAGGUUUCUUUGCCCGCAUGGAGACUCGGAUGACUGAGAAUGUCAACAAAUGGCAGGAGCAGCGAGAAGCACUCAAACAAGAGCGAACCAAUCUGUACGAGCAAAUGCUUGCAAUCUUUGAUGCCGUAGGUCAAGAAACUGGUCUGACCUUGGCACGCCCCGUAGAGAAAGUCGCCGUCUUCAGACGUCAGAGGAAGAAUAAAGCUCAUCCUAUUCUAGGACCACAAGGGAUACGUAUGAAAGUUCCCAUGGAGUUUAAAUCCAACAAGCUGAUUGGUACGAGUGUCACACUCAUUGGGGAUCAUGGGCCAUUCUGGAAGAUGCCAUCCAAUAUGCAAGGAGGCGCAGAUCUUGUGACUGUUCCUAAGAUUCUUGAGAUGGACAUCGACUCUAGAAGAAAGACUGCUAAAGAAGUUCUACAGAGACUUGGAAUGGGAGACAUACACAAGAAAGAACAGCCUUCAUCUCGGCCGUCACAAGAACCGUCAGUGCCCCCUCUGGCUACAUUAUUUCCACCCAUAUCUUCAUAAAACAUUAGCAAUAGUGAGGCCAAU